UUGAGCGCGUCCAGGCCAGCAUCGGAGCCAACGGGGAGCGGGGAGCAAGGGGGACGCAACACGAAGAAGGCGAGUGCGCCAGAGGUGGGCAGAGGGGCUAGAGAAACCGCACAGAGCUUCCGUGCACAGCCGCCUGCUGGCCUCUCUCGGCCCGUACAGGCCCCCGGGAACGCGCGUACAGACACCUGGUCCAGCCACCUCCGCGGACUGCGCGCGUCUAGCCGCAGCGAGGCCCGGGGCGGCCCCGCAGGGACCCUCAGACCGCCCGGGCCGCCCGGAUGUGCACUAAAAUGGAACAGCCCUUCUACCACGACGACUCAUACGCAGCGGCCGGAUACGGCCGGACCCCGGGCGGCCUCUCUCUACACGACUACAAACUCUUGAAACCCAGCCUGGCGCUCAACCUGGCCGACCCCUACCGAAAUCUUAAAGCACCAGGAGCGCGGGGCCCCGGCCCAGAGGGCAGCGGUGGCGGCAGCUACUUUUCCAGCCAGGGCUCGGACACCGGCGCGUCGCUCAAGCUCGCCUCAUCGGAGCUGGAGCGCCUGAUCGUCCCCAACAGCAACGGCGUGAUCACGACGACGCCCACGCCCCCGGGACAGUACUUUUACCCCCGCGGGGGUGGCAGUGGUGGAGGUGCGGGGAGCGCAGGGGGCGGCGUCACCGAGGAGCAGGAAGGCUUCGCCGACGGCUUUGUAAAAGCCCUGGACGACCUGCACAAGAUGAACCACGUGACGCCCCCCAACGUGUCCCUGGGCGCCAGCGGGGGGCCCCCGGCCGGGCCCGGGGGCGUAUAUGCCGGCCCGGAGCCGCCUCCCGUCUACACCAACCUCAGCAGCUAUUCUCCAGCCUCUGCGACCUCCGGAGGAGCCGGGGCCACCGUCGGGACUGGGAGCUCGUACCCGACGGCCACCAUCAGCUACCUCCCACACGCGCCGCCCUUCGCCGGCGGUCACCCGGCUCAGCUGGGCCUGGGCCGCGGCGCCUCCACCUUCAAGGAGGAACCGCAGACCGUGCCUGAGGCGCGCAGCCGCGACGCCACGCCGCCGGUGUCCCCCAUCAACAUGGAAGACCAGGAGCGCAUCAAAGUAGAGCGCAAGCGGCUGCGGAACCGGCUGGCGGCCACCAAGUGCCGGAAGCGGAAGCUGGAGCGCAUCGCGCGCCUGGAGGACAAGGUGAAGACACUCAAGGCCGAGAACGCGGGGCUGUCCAGCACUGCCGGCCUCCUCCGCGAGCAGGUGGCCCAGCUCAAACAGAAGGUCAUGACCCACGUCAGCAACGGCUGCCAGCUACUGCUUGGGGUCAAGGGACACGCCUUCUGAGCGCCCACCUAUCCCCCGUACAGACAUUUUCCCAACCUGGACGGCUGGGCGCACGCCUCCCAUGGGGCGAGGGGGCAGGCGGUGGGCACCGACCCCGGGGCCUGGGGGCGCCACAAACCACACUGGACUCCUGCCCGCCCGCUCUGCGGCCAGUCCUUCCACCUCGACGUUUACAAGCCCCCCUUCCACGUUUUUUGUGUUUUUUUUUUUUUGUAUUUUUUUUUCUGCUGGACUCAAUUCAUAUUGAAUAUAAUAUAUUUGUGUAUUUAACAGGGAGGGGAGGAGGGGGUGAUUGCGGCGGAGCUGGCCCCGCCGACCGGUACUCAAGCCCUCGGAGAUACUGGGGAGGGGACCCCCGCCCCCUGCCCUCCCCCCCUCUGCACCGUACUGUGGGGAAGAAACGCGCAGAAUUUAUUUUAAGAUGUGUUUGUGUGUGUGCGUUUGUUGUUCUUACUUUUUAUUGAAUCUAUUUAAGUAAAAAAAAAAAAGGUUCUUUAUUAA